UAAAAUUACGUAAAAUUCACUUGAUAAUAUUGUACAUAUUUGUUUAUUAGUUAUAAGCGUAUUUAAUCUAUUUUCUAGUUUAUGUAACAAAUAAUAUUUGUAAACUAUGCAGGCCUUAAAAGCACUAGGUGUUAACGCACCCGGCACGAUACUUUCAGUUCUUAAAAAGGGUGCUUUCGCUCCAAUCGUUGAUCAGGUUCGUCAAACUCAUUUGCCAGCACCGAAUCCCAAUGAAAGAAGACCAUAUUCCCCUUUUCAAGAUGCUACAAAUAUGGCAGAAUUCGCUGUCGCUCGACUCGAUGACUUGUUGAACUGGGGUCGUAAAGGUUCAAUUUGGCCCAUGACCUUUGGGUUAGCCUGCUGUGCUGUAGAGAUGAUGCAUAUAGCUGCUCCUCGAUAUGACAUGGACAGGUAUGGUGUAGUAUUCAGAGCUUCGCCUCGUCAAGCAGAUGUAAUGAUAGUAGCAGGAACAUUAACUAAUAAAAUGGCACCAGCCUUAAGGAAAGUGUAUGAUCAAAUGCCAGAUCCAAGAUGGGUGAUCUCAAUGGGUAGCUGUGCUAAUGGCGGUGGAUAUUAUCAUUAUUCUUAUUCUGUUGUAAGAGGGUGUGAUCGGAUUGUACCUGUGGAUAUUUAUGUGCCUGGAUGUCCACCAUCAGCAGAAGCAUUACUUUAUGGUAUUCUCCAACUACAGAAAAAAGUAAAAAGAAUGAAGAGUCUUCAAAUUUGGUACAGAAAAUAGAUUAUUAAAAUAAGCAACUGAACACUAGAAAAUUUUAUUUAUAAAAUGUUAUUAUAAUUCAUCCUUUUUGCUGUAAUACAUAAUAUAGUGAAAGCAUAGUAGA